ACACCAUGGAUAACUUCCAGACGGUCCUGCGCUUUUUCAUGAACCAGAAGUCCAGCAUUGGUUACAGCUUCAUGGCCCUCCUGACCAUCGGGGGAGAGCGGAUCUUCUCCAUGGUCUCCUUCCAGUGCCCCUGCAACCACAACCAGAACUUUGCAUACGGCCUGACCUUCCUGCUGGGCCCAGGCCUGGUGCUGCUGGUGCUGGGUCUCUUCUUCAGCAGCAGGCUGUGGCGCCUCUACACUGGCUGUUGGCUCAAACCCAUGAAACUGUGCCCCAGGGGCAACUGCCUCAACUGCCUCAAAGUGUUUGUCAAAAUCUUCUCCGGUGCCUGUGUGGCCCCUAUCAUGUGGCUGUGUGUGGCACUGUUGAACGGGACCUUCUACGAGUGUGCCGUCAGCGGGCUGGAUGAGAACCUGGUGGUGGAUCUGUUCUGUAAGAACAAGACCUUGAUGUGCAGGGAGGAGCUGGCCCGCGUGCCCUGCAGCAAGUCCAAGCUGCCCAGUGACGAGAGCAUGGAGCUGCUGCUCAUGUUCCGGGCUCAGUCACAGAUACUGGGCUGGUGUAUCAUCAUAAUUUCAGCCGUUCUAGGGCUCCUCGGGACCUGCUACACCAACUGCCGCUCGAAGGUCAGCUACCUGCAGCUCACCUUCUGGAAGCGCUAUGUAGAAAAGGAGAAGGAGCAGUUCGACAAAUUCGCUAUGGAGUACGCAUCCAAACUGGCCGAGAGGAACCUAAAGAGCUUCUUUGAGAACCGUGACCCGGAAAUAUUCCCAUUCCCCAACCACAAGGCCUGGGAGGAGGUCUCAGCCCUCUACACCUUCUCCAAGAGUGAGCAGUACUACAGCACCCUGCAGAGGUAUGUGGAGCGUGAUGACCGAGACUACAGCCCUGAGAAAAGACCAGUCAUGGAGCUGGAGCACGGCAUAGAGAUGAGCUGAGAGAGGGGCGGAUAAUGGCAUAUAAAUACAUAUCCAGAGAGGAAUGCAGAUUUAUUUCACAAACACUACAUUGGGACAUUGUUUGACCCUUUCUAUUGACAUUGUAUGAAUGAUAGUAUAUCCUAUUUGUUAGACCUUUAUAAAUGACAUGCAGUAUAUACUAUAGAUUUAAUCUCACAGACUGAGGAGAAGCGUUGUUGCCUGCAUUUCCCCCAAAGCACUGACAUCUACACAGAACACCAUUCAGAAAGUUAUUACCAGUAACACAGAAGUGAUUACCAAAGAAUGCAGCCAUUGCAGAAGUGGUAAAACAGUAAGGCUUCUUGUCUGCUGGAACCCACAGUUCGUGAAUGGUCAUGAACACUAGCUGAUGCAAUGUCCCUGUCAUAACAAACACUUUGAUUUGAAAAAGUCUCCUCUACCUCUCUUUGUGUCAGUGGUACUGAUGACGAUGUGGUGGUGGAGUCAGGUGCAGGACACAGAAGCUUAGUCCAAACAGACUUUACUAGUCAGGAAAAGGACAAUACAAAAUAAAGAGCCUCAAACGACGGAGGCGAGUGAUACGCAGACAGUGCGUAAAACACUAAAUACAAGAGAUGCGCAAACAGUGCGUCACUACUCUUGAAUACGAGAAUGCAAAAUCCAACAACCCCAACAGACAGGCGUACAAUUACACACAACUAACUACAAACAAAACGAGAAACUUAUAGGGGACAUAAUGAACACUAAAUGGA